GUUAUGCAAAAGCAAAGCGCAGCUUUGACGCUCAAAGUGCUUUUCACGUAUUGCACUACACAUUGGCAAGAUGGCAGCCACCAUCGGGAGACUUCUCGGGACUUCUGCCAGAAGAGCUGCAGUUUGUGGAUUGAAGACUUUGGUCCCUCGUAAUGGUGCGCCUGUGAUCAGGGCCCCACAACCACUCACUUGCAUUGCUGCACAAAAAGCUUGCUUCUCAAUCAGCACUGCCAGAUGGGCUCCAGCGGUCACUCAAGCGGCGCCUCCCUUCAAGGGCACUGCUGUUAUCAAUGGAGAGUUCAAGGAGAUCAGCCUUGGAGAUUUCAAGGGCAAAUACCUGGUCCUUUUCUUCUAUCCACUCGAUUUCACAUUUGUAUGCCCCACAGAGAUUGUCGCCUUCAGUGACAAAGCCAACGAGUUUCACGAUGUAAACUGUGCAGUGGUUGGUGUGUCUGUGGACUCUCACUUCACCCACCUGGCCUGGACCAACACCCCGAGAAAGAGUGGAGGAUUGGGGAAAAUCCAGAUUCCCCUGUUGGCUGACCUCACAAAACAAGUGUCUAGAGAUUAUGGUGUCCUGCUGGAGGGUCCUGGAAUUGCUUUAAGGGGUCUUUUUAUUAUUGAUCCAAAUGGAAUAGUCCGCCAUAUGAGUGUAAAUGACCUACCGGUCGGUCGCUCUGUUGAGGAAACUCUUCGUUUGGUCAAGGCCUUCCAGUUUGUGGAAACCCACGGUGAAGUCUGUCCUGCCAGCUGGACCCCAAAGUCACCCACGAUUAAACCCACUCCAGAUGGCUCUAAGGAAUACUUCGAGAAGGUCAACUGAAACCACACACAAAAAAAUACACCUGUAAUGAAAGAUCACACAGAUCUUAACCGUAAUCUACAUCCAAAAUAAAUCGAAUUAUUUCUAGCUGUCGUGUAUCAGUGUGUUGGCAGUUGAUAGGGAAUGGGAUCUGUUGUGAUUUAUGUAUUUGUUAAGCUGUUCAAAUAAAAGUCAAAAACACUGUUGAA